UUUCCCCUCUUUACGGUCUCAUUUAUAUAUCGUAGGCGGCUAGGGGAGAGGCGGCCACAAUGGUGGUUAAUGCUGGGAUUCAGCAGUUAAAGAACCAAGGCUUUGUUGAGAAUAAAUAAUAUAAAGAAUGCAAAGCAUACAUCUUCACUAUAGGCAUAUAUGUUUACUAUCGGAAAUCAUAGAUGGCGCUAACAGUAGCGAAAACUGCGAGGUUUUAUAUUUUAUGUGUACAUUUUAAAGUGUUUUCUUAUUACAUCUGGUUCGACAUUAAUUUAGGCUCGUUUUAAAUAAAGAGGCUGGCAUUAAUAUUCAUCAAUUGAAGAUAUUUUGAGUUAAUAAGUCAUGUUUUUAUAUACGUGAACGGCAGAACAUCAACAUUGUACGGAGCCAACAUGAAGAAAUUACAUCGCGGUGACCGGAAGCAGUCACACGACAUUUUCAUAAUGGAUGUAUUUUAUUUUCCAAUUAGAAUGGAGUCGCAAAUUAGUAAAAGAAUAAACAAAGAUGAAUAAAAAAGGGAUUGGUGCAUUUGUCUAUAUUUAUCAAUUAUGAUAUUUAUUACUUUAAAUUAAUAAGUGAUACACUAUUGUGUAAUAAUGCCUUCGAGUUACCAACGUAACCGGAAAAAUAGGCGGCGCGAACCGCCUAGAACAAGAUGGCAGGUGUUGCCACACUAGGAAGAUUAUCCACCAAAUCGCGGAAAAUGUGCGGAUUAUCGGGAUUCUCAAGAAAAUUAAAGAAGAAAGAAAAAUUAUGUCGCUAAGCUGAUUCAACAUAGAAAAGUUAUACGAUAACCAAUUUCCAAUAAGACGCUUCAGUAGGUACGUCAUAGCAAAGCGUACUUAGAUAUAAGUAGAAGAUUUACUUUAUUUUAUUAUACAUUAGUUGUUAGAGUUGUGGAUUUAAUAUGAUUAUAAUAAGUAAACGUAUGCGAGUCAGAAUAACUAAUAAGCAUCUUAUAAGAAACGUACGUGUAGUAGAUAAGAGUUUGUAUGAGUAAGCACUCUACAUUUUACCUUUUAUAUUUACGUUAUACUUUAGAACUUAAGUAGUUUUAAGAACACAAGGAUGCAAUCAUUUAUACGGAAUCAACAUAAAGAAGAAAGAAAUUUGUUAAAGGCCCUAAAUUCAUUUCAUAUUUAUCGAAAUUUAUGGGGUUUGAGUUGACUUUGGCAACACUGACUGUUGCAAAGCGAACGUUCCACCAUUUUGAAUCGUUGGCGGAAGAUCUCCAAGCAGACGCGAGUUCCCCGGGAAGGUUCCUCAAAUUAUGCUGGUAAAUAUUGAGAAUAUUAUAAUUUAAAGGGCACCAACAAAGGGAUAAGCGUGUAGAUAGGCAAGAUUGUGAAAAACUACGUAUUUACUUCAUAGGUACAGUGAACUCGCCGCCGCCAACCACACCGGACAAGACAACUCGGAUUUGACGAAAACCCCCCUGAUUAGACCUGCUAUCGGACUAGACUAUUUCUCGGAUUAAACAAGAAAAGAGCUUAUACAAACAACAUAAUGGACGAUUUGCUUUUAAGAAGGCUUAGGCUCAUUAACGACAAACUCACCACAGACAUAGAAGUUAUUCCUGUUACCAUUAAUUCAGAGAACUUAGGGCAGGCUCAAAUUACUUACAGUAAAUUAGAUGCAUCUCUGAAAAGACUUGACAACGACUUGAUGGAGUACUUUCGCUUGGCUUCGACACCUGCUUCUGAUGAAAUAUGUUUACUGAGUGGAUUGCAACUUCAAGCAGAGGAGACUUUGGCUGAACUUAAAGUGAAGAUCGAUCAAAUAACUUUGAAAAGCAACGCUACAGAGAAACCUCCGGAAGCGAAUGCCUCGUGCCGACUCCCUAAACUUCAGCUGCCGGUGUAUAGUGGAGACGUGCUCUUUUGGUGUGAGUUCUGGGACUCCUUCAAGAGCAACAUUGAUUCAAGAAAUCUGCCUGAUGUUGACAAGCUCUCCUAUCUUAAAGCCUCGGUGACGGGAGAUGCCAAGAAAGCCAUAGAUGGUCUGUCAACUACUAAUGCUAAUUAUAGAAUAGCCAUAUCGAUCCUAAAGGAGCGUUUCGGCAAGACCUCUCAUCUCAUUGACGCGCAUUAUGCAACACUAUAUAAGGUUAAGAUGGCCAAAAGCACCGCUGAAGACUGUAGAAAGACAUUCAACGAAGUUGAACGAAAUCUCAAAAUUUUGGAAUCAUUAGGUGAAAACAUCAAUCACAAUCAUCUUCGUUUUAUGUUGCUGGAGAAAUUUCCACCCGAUCUAGUUUACGAAAUUAAGCUGAAGGUUAAUGAUGAUUCUAUACAAGAAAUCAGGAACCAAUUAGAUAGAAUUAUUACCGCAAAAGAGGAUGCUGAAAGGAUUUCAGGAAGAAAACGCACGCAUGAAGCAGAAGAUAGUACAGUCGGAACUCUACAUAUAAAUGUGAAACGUGCAAGAAGCGCAUAUCCACCCAAACAGCAACAAGGUCCCCCUAAGAAACAAAAUCCUCAAGGAGGUUUUGAUAGAAGACCGGAAAGGAAGAAUAAGUUUGAUAGUAUUAAUAAACCCAAUAAAUGGAACAGACCAAAACAAACUCCGACUUCUAACAAGGAUCAACCAGAACCUCAGCAGGGCUCUUCGAAGGGGAGAACAGCGUGGACAUGCAUCUUUUGCAAAGGUGAUCAUUACAAUGAUAAGUGCUCUGAAGCUACUACCUUAGCAGAAAGAAAGAAACGACUUGGAAAGAAAUGCUUCAUGUGUUUGAAGUUAGGCCACUUUAUAAAAGACUGCAAGAACAAACGUAAGUGUAGCAUUUGCUGUAGUGAGACACCGCAUAACAGAGCUUUAUGCCAUUUAAAUUUUCAGAAGAAUACUGCAAUGAAGAAACAGUCCUGACGGUUCUAGGAAAGGGAUUCACUACUCUUCAAACUUCUGUUGUUAGGGCUAACCCCCUAGAUGAUAAAAAUAAACAAUAUAAAUAUAGACUUCUUUUAGAUCCAGGCUCUCAGCGCUCCUACGUCACAUUUCAAACUGCCAAGGAAUUGAAGCUUCCCAUUGAAGAGGAAAGUCAUUUAACUAUAUUUACCUUCGGUGAAGAUCCUCCUAAAGAAAUACAUAGUCCAAUAGUUACUUUACAAUUGCUGUCAA